AUGUCUAUCGAAAUUUUCCUCCUCCCCUCUCUGUUUCUCUUCCUUCUUCUCAUUUUUUGCCGUCGGCGCCAAAACCACCGCCGUCUACCGCCCAGUCCCCCUUCCUUUUCGAUUUUAGGCCACCUCCACCUCUUCAACCCGCCGAUCCACCGCUCUCCCGCCGCCAUCUCCGCCGCCCACGGCCCCGUUGUUCUCCUGCACUUCGGUUCCCGCCCCAUCCUCCUCGUGUCCUCUCCGUCCGCAGUCGAAGAGUGCUUCACCAUCCUCGUCCUCGACGUCGCCUUCGCGAACCACCCCCGCUUCCUCGCUGGCAAGAUCCUCGGAUACGACUUCAUCGCCAUCCUGUGGGUGCCCUACGGGUCCCACUGGCGCCGCCUCCGCCACAUCACCUCCAUGCACUUGCUCGCGUUCGACAGCCUACACCAAGACGGCGGCAGUGGUGGCGCGCCGAGGAGGCUGGAUCUGAAGUCGACUUUGUUCGACCUCGUGUGCGCCAUCAUUGAACAGCUGGUGGUUUCGCUGAUAGGGGAGACGCAAGAGCAGAGGCUAAUCAUCAAGGAGAUAGUGAGCGAGGGACUACAGUUGAGCGCGGCGGCCGCGAAUGCAGGGGACGACAUGCCGGAGUUUAUGAGAGUGACGUGGCACGGUUUGGAGAAGAGGCUAAUGAGGCUUCAGAGGAGGAGGGAUGAGUUUUGGGGAAAACUCAUAGUGCUGCACCGAGAGAGACGACAGAGCGAGGAUAAUGGCGACGGCGUCGAUGGGGAAGGAAGGGAGACAGUGAUGGACGUUAUGUUGUCGCUGCAGAACAGAGAUCCGGAACGUUACACGGAUGACAUCAUCAAGCGCGUGAUGAUGGUACGUGCACACUCUUCGUCAUACUACUUAGUUGAGAAGAUUCUAUAUUAUGAUUUUGUAUCAAAAUCACCAAAGUUUACGAAUUUUGUGUGCACAAUUUUCACGGUUUGUCCCAAAGCGGAUUGCUUAAAACAUUCAGCUCAGAUGCUUUUUCACGGUUUGUCCCAAAGCGGACUGCUUAAAAUAUUCAUCUCAGAUGCUUUUUCACGGUUUGUCCCAAAGCGGAUUGCUUAA